AUGAUCCCUGGGGAGGAAACAGAAUAUUUGAGUUAUGACACACCAUGCAGGUCAGAUGAAGACUCUGAAAUAGAUGCAGAAUGGUUCACUUCAGAAUUUCUAAAUGAUGUUAAGUGGUCUGGUAUUCCCAACCACAGAAUUGUUCUCAAAGUUGGUGUCCCUAUCAUGUUAAUUCGGAACAUUGAUCAGUCUGCUGGAUUGUGUAAUGGAACAAGAUUGAUAGUGAGCGCUUUGACACCUUAUAUCAUUGUUGCAACAGCUCUUUCCGGUUCUAAAACAGGUAAACAUGUUCAUAUUCCUAGGCUUAGCUUAACUCCUUCUGAUACUGGCCUUCCUUUCAAAUUCUCAAGGAGACAAUCGUUAUCGCAUGGCCAGCUAUAUGUAGCUCUAUCAAGAGUAAAAUCUAGAAAAGGGUUGAAGAUACUUAUAGUCGAUGACAAAGGAGUAGUAUCUAAUUGCACUCGGAAUGUUGUGUAUGAAGAAAUUCAACAGACUUUCAAUGAUACUGGGGCAGCAAGCAACAAGUGGAAUGCAUAA